AUGCAAAGGAAACGUCACGCACCAGCUGGGUCUUUCAGAUCUCCGAUAACUCAUAACAGAACAGAAGCCGGCAGUCCCAUCAAGAAGAAGAAUUGUCAAUCAGUAACGCCAUUGAGGUCUGGGUUUACAACGCCUUCGAGUACAAUAGGUAGAUCAAGCUCAAAUAAGUGUGGUACACCAGUUGUAAUGAAAAGUAGGUUUUGAUAUUGUGUUUUGUUGGUAUAGUAGUACUUUUAUGUGAUGAUUAACCGUUCCAGUUUCUCCUACUAAACAGAUCAGCGAAAGUUUGCAAACCUUAGACUUUACCACAGCUAGCCAAGCUCCAAUUAAACUGUUGGCCAGCAAGUUAAACGCGGCCAAAACACUACUCAGAGAUGUGGACAACAUUGUUACUGUAAGUUAAUAAAUUUUAUGUUUGUAUAUAAUUCAUUUUGUAUAUAGUAACGGUUACUUUAUUCAGGACGAAGAACUACUAAACAUGCCAGUAAGGACAGAACGGCCGAAAGAGACGGUCCCAGAUUCUUUAGACGAUGAUCUUGAUGUAGAUUGGGAAUCUGUGGGGAAGUUGAUUCAGGAGAAGAUGAAAGAUUAG